AUGGACACCGUUAAAUCAGUAAUUAGCAUUCGAAAACCAUCGAUUAUUGGAAAUCCAGGAGUAGCCGAGCUCAUCUCGGCCAUGGCCGCCGGGUGGAAUGCUCGGCUGAUUGUCGAGACAUGGUCCAUAGGCGGGCCCACGGCCACCAGCAUCGGGCUCGCGGUUGCUGCCACCCACACGGGCGGCAGGCACGUCUGCAUAGUCCCCGACGAGGCAUCAAAAUCAGAAUACGCAGAGUCCAUGAGAUUGCUGCACGGCCAGCCAGCCUGCGAAAUUGUGGUGGGCCCCACAGAGAGGGCUGUGGAGGAAUUUGAAGGGAUCGACUUUCUGGUAGGGAACUGCGCACGGGAUGACCUUCUGGGAAUGCUGAGAGCGGCUAAGUUGGGGGAGAGGGGGGCCGUGAUCGUGUGCAAGAACGCCAGCGGCUCGGAUUCCAGGUGGCGGGGGNAGGGGGAUUGUGAGGUCGGUUUUCUUGCCGGUUGGGAAGGGUUUGGAUAUCUCGCAUGUUGGGGCCACGGGCAGUGGUUCGGGUGA